CGACCUGUGGUCCGAAAGUAUCUUGACUUGAGUCACUUUAUGACUAGACGGAAACCCUGCCAUUUAUCACGGUGAUGCUAUCGUAGAGCUAGGCCGAGACGGAGCGCUGGCGAUGAUUCUGACUCUCAGUGAGUCGGUACAUGUGUCGAUUCAGACAUCUCGUCAGCCUCAGGGUCUCUGCUAGCUGCUGUCCACGAUGUGCUUUUCUCGCCUUGACUCGUGGCGACGACUUUCGACACAAUUGGGUUGUCGCUGCAGCCACGAAGCUAGUCCGACGGGAGGCGGAGACGGCGUGUAGACGUACGCAGAGGAUGGUGAUGCAGAAACGAAAUGAGUUACGGACGUAGCCGCUUUACAUGUUGGCGUGACCCAGCCUUCACGUCUUUCCGGCGCACCGGCGCUAGCUAGCGGUGACUGUCUAGCCGGCCGUAUGCGGCCGUGCUGACGGACUCGACAACCUGUAGAUUUGAGUUCAGGUUACCGGAGCACGUGGUGCAGCCGCUAGCGCUGAUGCGCUGGUUUCGGGAGUGGUGCGUAGAUCUACGUGAGAAGUCGGAGCCAGUGCUCAGCUGUGUCGACGAUACCACAGUCUACAGGCGAUUAUGACGCAGGAAAACAUGGCUCUUUCUACAGUCAUUGCCAGUAUCCUAGUCAGCCCCCUGCUGCUGCUGAUCACCAGCUCGAUGGCCGGUGCGUCCAUCAACCUGUCCACUGAAGUGUUUGCCGAUAUAGUGUACACUAACUGGAGUCCGUGCAGCGUGUGCUGCACACAGUACCGCGAUGUGGUGACGGAUGACGGAAUGCCAGCCAUACUGCCGGUGGGUGCCUUGCGACCGGAAGGCCGCCAGUACCGGCCCUGCACCGGACAGGCCUGCCCUCUUGACUGUGAGCUCAGUCUUUGGUCCAGCUGGACGCCGUGCACCUUUACACAGCCGUGGAAGAACCGCACCCGCCUCUUCGUCCAUCCGUCUGAUGCCCGGCAGCCGGACUGCGGUGCCAAGAAGACGAUUGAACUGCAGCUGUGCGCCGAGGGGGAUCUCGCUCGGUUUGAGUGCAGCGUCCAGGGCGAGUGGACGGAGUGGCAGGGCGAGUGUAACUGUGACUCCACCACGUUUCAAUACCAACGGCGCACUCGAGAGUGUUUGUCCAUACCCUCUAGCCCCGAGGCAGUGCAGAUAAGACCCUGCAUAUCGGCCAACACGCCCGCUAGACUGCUGCCAACAGACUGUAAUCGGCCGAACCUGUACAAUUGCUUCCCGCACAACGCACCGCCAUGGUCGGCCUGGUCUUGCGAUGCCACUUGCGAAAGUACGCCCACCGCCGCUGAAGUUAUGGGCACUGCCUCACGCAGGCGUGAUAUCGGCUUGAUGCAGGUCGAUAGCAGUGCCGCACGUGGAGACCUGGCCGUCUGCAUUUGCCAACAACGACUGCAGACGGCUGUGUGUCGUAUUCCAUGCAACGGCACUGCAAUUGCUACGAGAACUGUCGUGGCGCCGCCGAUCACAACUACUAUUCCACCAGAUACUGAUGGUGAGCCCGAUGAUGACCAAGCAGGUGAUAGAGACAGCAGUAGUACCACCAGUCGGCUGUUCAUUGGCGCUUCGGUCAUUCUGGCGAUUCUCCUCUUCGCCGCGUGUGCAGCUGUAUCACACUUCUAUAAAAGGCACAAGCGAAGCCGUGAAGAGCUGACAUCUCUUCUGGACAUUUCACAGCCAGGAAGGGCGAGUACGGACGCCAUGAACUCUCCGCAAGUCUCAGGCCAGCCACUUGACACUGCUGAGAACGCAACCGCCCAAGACGAAUCGAGGCUGACAACUAGUAUCCAUGGCGGUGGUGAUAGAGACGGGAAGAUGGUUGCCGAGGUCUAUAUCAACCCGCACUAUCGAUCGCCAAUCAGAUACCCCAGCUACCGAGACCAGUACUCUGACUCGUCGGCUACCGACCGCCUCAGUCAAAUCUCAGAUUUCAGGAAUGCUACCGACAAGACAUCACAUGAUGGUCGGCCUCAGUUCAUGCCGUCUACAGCGCACCCCACAUCGGUCGCAUCCCAAACUGACCAACGCCCGCAGCACUUCCACAGCGAGGACACGGACAGGCACGAGCGCCUGGAGAUGACGAUGAUGUCGCCGGGAAAGCCACGACGUCGCCGCUUCAUCUCUCGCUACAUGGACAGCCGGGCACAAGGCCGCAGCGCCACUGCCAUUUCCCCGAGGGCCAUUGCGCAGAGCUGCAGCUGUCACAUCGGCAGAGACGCUGCUGCUGCGGGGGCGGUGGCUAUGCAUGCUCCCAGCUGUUACUCCAUGACCUCCAGCACGGACGAGCCAACGCAGCGCUAUGUGACGUCCAGACGUCUAUCACGCUUUCCCCGCCUGCAUGCAAGACCAAAGCCUGAAGAUACGAACCCCGCAGCUCAGCGGCGAGUCGACGAAACACUGUCCGAAAAUGAAAACCGCCGCAGCCGCUCUUGGGAUAAGUGACGGAGUUUCAUUAUUCAUCACCGGCCAUUGAAUUUUAGCGUGUACGGUACACAGGGUGGUGAUGUCAUUACCGAGGUGUUGUCAAAUGUAAUCGGCUUUAUGUGAUGUCAACAGAGUGUUUUUCUCCAGCAAAGAAGACGGUUAUUUGCCUUGCCUUCUGCUUGCGCCUUUCCCAUUGUUUCAAUUCGUCUUGUGGUCAAACACUUCAAACUACAGGUCAGACAUGUUGAGUUUUAGAUGGUGCAGUAUAGCCAUUAUGUGUCACCACUCUUGAGAGCCCACCCCCCCCCCCCGCCAUUUUAGACCCUUUGAUUGGACACUUUACUUUGACCCAUAAUUGUCUAUUUGUCUUACACAGCACUAAAUACUCUGAGUAUCUAAAAAGGAAAAAUGUGGGCACAAGUUAUGCAAUCGAGUCCACCAACUAAGCAGAUUUUGAACAGUCAGGCGUGCACAAUCCAUCAUGAAACUAGAUCAAUCGCAUAACUUGUGCCCACAUUUUUCCAUGUUACAUUUUUUUCCUUGCGGCUCACCAUCUGAGUUCUUAUCUUAAAAGGGGGUGGUUGAAAAGAACAUUCAGGCACCUUACACUUUGUAGGACUCUUGAACCCCCACGGCCAGACCGGCGUGUGCAGCGUGAUAGCAAUCGCCUACAGCAGUCAGCCAGAACAGCCGUAGUAGCCGCAUGACGUGCUGCACAUACACCGCAAGCUGGACUGAGCCUGCAAGUCUCAUCAGUAGAGUAAUUGAUUGUUACCAUGGUUACCCGGCACAUGUACUAAGUAUUUAUAUUGGCUUGCGCUGGACCAUGCUAGACCACACGCGUUUGCGGAGUGAUUUUCUGGCCACUGGUGUACUGUGACUACUUCACGCUUUGCUCUCAGUCUUUUUGCUCAGUCCCUUUUUCAUGAACACCCAUCACACAAUGCGACCACUCAAAGAGCCUUCACUGUGACAUCACAGUGUGGACGCUGUGUACAGGUGAACUCCUUAUCUAGGGCUAUUUGACUGGAAAUAAUAUCCCUCGGUCCUAGUCCGAGGCUUCUGAGACAGGUGGUCACCUAAUCAGAGUGGUCGCUUUGACAGCUAG